AUUAGGGAUCAUCAUAUGUAAAAUGGCAUGUGGGAGCUCACCAUUCAUGGAGUACGGCAACAGGACAGAAUGCCGUUUGUCUAUUCUUCUUGGACAGCCAUGCAUUCUAAUAAGGUUCAGCUUCGAAUUGCAAGAUCUCCUGAGAAUGCUCCUGAAGAAAAAUCCAAAAGAACGACUGGGCUGCAAUGGAAAUAUUCGGAAGCACCCAUUUUUUAAUGCCAUUGAUUGGGUGCAACUAGAAAAACAGACUCUACCACCUCCUUCCCAGCCAGAAGCAUUGUCACCUGUGGAUUUUAAGAAGACAUGUGAGGAGCCACCAUCAUUCUUGGAGUCCCUGAAACAUACUAUCACAUCAGGUGAUCAGGUAUCUCUUCAAGUUAUGGCAUGUCUGGAUUAAAUUUCACAGGUUCCAGCCAUUUCUGGACCUUCUGGCACUGAUGGUGUUCUUAUACCCUACCAUCGACCCCAUGCCACGACAAACAUCAGGCCCCAUUAUCAAUUCCAUGACUUCCAGUCUUCUGUCCUCAUUAUUGUCCAUCAGUUGCCA